AAUGGAGAGGUCUAAGGAGCCAGUUAAGGAAAAGCUUGUGGAUCCAAAUGAAUCAAUGGACCACAUGACACUCUGGUGGUGCACAGGUACAAUAGAUAGAAGGAUCAGGAGCAUAAAUGAAACAAUGGACCACAUGACACUCUGGUGGUGCACAGGUACAAUAGAUAGAAGGAUCAGGAGCAUAACAAACGAAUCAAUGGACCACAUGACACUCUGGUGGUGCACAGGUACAAUAGAUAGAAGGAUCAGGAGCAUAAAUGAAACAAUGGACCACAUGGCACUCUGGUGGUGCACAGGUACAAUAUAUAGAAGGGUCAGGAGCAUAAAUGAAACAAUGGACCACAUGACACUCUGGUGGUGGACAGGUACAAUAUAUAGAAGGGUCAGGAGCAUAAAUGAAACAAUGGACCACAUGACACUCUGGUGGUGCACAGGUACAAUAGAUAGAAGGAUCAGGAGCAUAAAUGAAACAAUGGACUGCAUGGCAUUCUGGUGGUGGACAGGUACAAUAGAUAGAAGGAUCAGGAGCAUAAAUGAAAGAAUGGACCACAUGGCACUCUGGUGGUGCACAGGUACAAUAUAUAGAAGGGUCAGGAGCAUAACAAAUGAAAGAAUGGACCACAUGGCACUCUGGUGGUGCACAGGUACAAUAGAUAGAAGGAUCAGGAGCAUAAAUGAAAGAAUGGACCACAUGGCACUCUGGUGGUGGACAGGUACAAUAGAUAGAAGGAUCAGGAGCAUAAAUGAAAGAAUGGACAGCAUGGCAUUCUGGUGGUGGACAGGUACAAUAGAUAGAAGGAUCAGGAGCAUAAAUGAAAGAAUGGACAGCAUGGCAUUCUGGUGGUGGACAGGUACAAUAGAUAGAAGGAUCAGGAGCAUAAAUGAAAGAAUGGACCACAUGGCACUCUGGUGGUGGACAGGUACAAUAGAUAGAAGGAUCAGGAGCAUAAAUGAAAGAAUGGACAGCAUGGCAUUCUGGUGGUGGACAGGUACAAUAGAUAGAAGGAUCAGGAGCAUAAAUGAAACAAUGGACUGCAUGGCAUUCUGGUGGUGGACAGGUACAAUAGAUAGAAGGAUCAGGAGCAUAAAUGAAACAAUGGACUGCAUGGCAUUCUGGUGGUGCACAGGUACAAUAGAUUGAAGGAUCAGGAGCAUAAAUGAAAGAAUGGACCACAUGGCACUCUGGUGGUGCACAGGUACAAUAGAUAGAAGGAUCAGGAGCAUAAAUGAAACAAUGGACAGCAUGGCAUUCUGGUGGUGCACAGGUACAAUAUAUAGAAGGAUCAGGAGCAUAACAAAUGAAUCAAAGCCAAGACUUGGUCAAUUCAAGAAGAGUCUUAAAACAAUGACAUAUCUUCAGGAAAAACAGUGCCCUCAGCUUUUCAGUGCUGGCCGCGCUCCUCGGAGCACUGAAGCCAUCAUCUGCACAAAAGGCUUUUCUUGGGAAUGCUGCAAACAAUCUUUGCAAAACCAAUCCGGACAAUAUGCCUAGUUUAAUGAUCGGGUUGGUCCUGCUGACAGUUGCUCUAACCUUUUCCUGCAGUUCAGUACUUGAAUACUUUUAUGUUUUGGCACCCAUGACUGAGGGUGAGCUGUAGUUUUCAUUGGAACCAUUUAGGGUACACAUGACUUUUUGAUAAUUUUUUAUUCAAUAUUAUUUUGGCACUGGGGAUUUUAACAACACCCACAGUCUAAUUAAUGUUUUUUUACUUUGUGUUCCCUAGUGGGACUUGAACAUGUGAUCGUUUGUACAAAACACGGUGGAUGCAUCCUAUUACACCCUGCUUUCCCUUGGCCCCAGCUCUGCUAAUAGACUGCAUACCACAAUGGCGCACAAGGCUAUAAGAUAUCCGAUAUAUUGAGCUCUCGGCUGUAAUUCAUGUUGUGAGACCUAGUACUCAUGUACCCAGCCAGUGACCGCACAUAUCCUCCUGAAUUUAACUAUGGCCCGCAUCUCACUUCCUAUACCCCCUGCUCCAUAUCUCAAUCAGAGACAACUGGAGAAGAAGGACAUAAAAUGGCAUCUAUUGAUGGCCACACAGAGGGGACAGCGUUUGGGGCAAUAUAUUAUGGUGCACUGUGGUAUAUGGUAUUUUGCGCAAUGAUAUUGCUGACCCCUCCUACUUAUGUUCAUUUUAGACACUCCUAAAACAUGGGGCCACUUUAAGUUCCCAAUUCCCCCCUUUCUAAGAGUAAUGACCACCUCCCCUUGCUCCUAAAGGCUCAUUUGCAUAUAUUAAAACCGCAUUCAUCAAACAGGAACACAUCUGCUGACAAAUGCCCUUUAAAGUGUAUUACAAAAGUUAUUUUAAGCACAUUUAGAGUAGGAUUUAAUAAAGUUUAGAUAAAGGCUUAGGCACACUCUAAAGAGAAGGUCAUCAGAAAAAUACCUAUUGUUUAAAUCACAUUUUUAAAGAAUUGUUAUUUAUGAAGAUUUUUUUUACAUGCUACUAAUUGUAAUAAAGUAUAUAAUUCUACAAUUUUCACACUGGCCACUAGGUGAUUAUUUCCUGCUCUGUGCAGGUAACCUUUCAGCAGCCAUCUCAGAAUUAGGCUACUUUCACACUAGCGUUUUGGUUUUCCGUUUCCAAGAUCCGUCAUGGGCUCUCAAAAGCGGUCCAAAACUGAUACGUUUUGCUCCGUCCAGUCUCCA